GUGCUGGGUGUCAUGGCGGCCUGCAGUCGCUGCUGCUCUUGCCUCCGGCUCCGGCCGCUGGGCGAUAGUCCCCUCCGCAUGCCCAGGCGGAAUCCGGCGCUCACGUAUUUGCAGAUGCGAGCACUAUCGGGUAGCGUGGGGUCCCGAGCUGUGGCUGUGGACCUAGGCAACAGAAAAAUAGAAAUAUCCUCUGGGAAACUGGCCAGAUUUGCAGAUGGCUCUGCUGUAGUACAGUCAGGUGACACUGCAGUGAUGGUCACAGCUGUCAGUAAAACAAAACCUUCACCUUCCCAGUUCAUGCCUUUGGUGGUUGACUACAGACAGAAGGCUGCUGCAGCAGGAAGAAUUCCCACAAACUAUCUUAGAAGAGAGAUUGGUUCUUCUGAUAAAGAAAUUCUUACAAGUCGAAUAAUAGAUCGUUCAAUUAGACCUCUCUUUCCCGCUGGCUACUUUUAUGAUACACAAGUCCUUUGUAAUCUGUUAGCAGUAGAUGGUAUUAAUGAACCUGAUGUCCUAGCAAUUAAUGGUGCUUCUGUAGCCCUCUCAUUAUCAGAUAUUCCUUGGAAUGGACCUGUUGGGGCAGUACGAAUAGGAAUGAUUGAUGGGGAAUGUAUUGUUAAUCCAACAAGAAAAGAAAUGUCUUCAAGUACUUUAAAUUUAGUGGUUGCUGGAGCACCUAAAAGUCAGAUUGUCAUGUUGGAAGCCUCUGCAGAGAACAUUUUACAGCAAGACUUUUGCCAUGCUAUCAAAGUGGGAGUAAAACACACCCAACAAAUAAUUCAGGGCAUCCAGCAGUUGGUGAAAGAAAUUGGUGUUACCAAGAGGACACCUCAGAAGAUAUUUACCCCUUCACAAGAGAUUGUGAAAUAUGUUCAUAAACUUGCCAUGGAGAAACUCUAUGCAGUUUUUACAAAUUAUGAACAUGAUAAAAUUUCCAGAGAUGAAGCUGUUAACAAGAUAAGAUUAGAUACAGAGGAACAACUAAAGGAAACAUUUCCAGAUGUCGAUCCAUAUGAAAUAAUAGAAUCCUUCAAUGUUGUUGCGAAGGAGGUUUUCAGAAGUAUUAUUUUGAAUGAAUACAAAAGGUGUGAUGGACGCGAUUUGACUUCACUUAGGAAUAUAAGUUGUGAGGUAGAUAUGUUUAAAACUCUUCAUGGAUCAGCAUUAUUUCAAAGGGGACAAACACAGGUGCUUUGUACUGUUACGUUUGAUUCAUUAGAAUCUAGUAUUAAAUCAGACCGAAUUAUAACAGCAAUAAAUGGGAUAAAAGACAAAAAUUUCAUGCUACACUAUGAGUUUCCUCCUUAUGCAACUAAUGAAAUUGGCAAAGUCACUGGCAUAAAUAGAAGAGAGCUUGGGCAUGGUGCUCUUGCUGAGAAAGCUUUAUAUCCUGUUAUUCCCAAAGAUUUUCCUUUUACCAUAAGAGUGACAUCUGAAGUCUUAGAGUCGAACGGGUCAUCUUCUAUGGCAUCUGCAUGUGGUGGAAGUUUGGCAUUAAUGGAUGCAGGGGUUCCAAUUUCAUCUGCUGUUGCAGGUGUAGCAAUAGGAUUGGUCACCAAAAGCAAUCCUGAGAAGGGUGAAAUAGAAGAUUAUCGUUUGCUGACAGAUAUUCUGGGAAUUGAAGAUUACAAUGGAGACAUGGAUUUCAAAAUAGCUGGUACUAAUAAGGGAAUAACUGCAUUACAGGCUGAUAUUAAAUUACCUGGAAUACCAAUGAAAAUUGUAAUGGAAGCCAUUCAGCAAGCAUCAGUGGCAAAGAAAGAGAUACUACAGAUUAUGAACAAAACUAUUUCAAAACCUCGAGCAUCUAGAAAAGAAAAUGGACCUGUUGUAGAAACUGUUCAGGUUCCAUUAUCAAAACGAGCAAGAUUUGUUGGACCAGGUGGAUAUCAUUUAAAAAAACUUCAAGCUGAAACAGGUGUAACUAUUAAUCAGUUGGAUGAAGAAACAUUUUCUGUAUUUGCACCAACACCCAGUGCAAUGCAUGAAGCAAAAGAAUUCAUUAGUGAAAUCUGCAAAGAUGAUCAAGAGCAACAAUUAGAGUUUGGAGCAGUUUAUACUGCCACAAUAACUGAAAUCAGAGACACUGGAGUAAUGGUAAAACUAUAUCCAAAUAUGACUGCUGUGCUUCUUCAUAACACACAACUUGAUCAACGAAAGAUUAAACAUCCCACUGCCCUAGGAUUAGAAGUUGGCCAAGAAAUUCAGGUGAAAUACUUCGGUCGUGAUCCAGCUGAUGGAAGAAUGAGGCUUUCUCGUAAAGUGCUUCAGUCUCCAGCUACAAAUGUUGUCAAAACUCUAAAUGACAGAAGCAGUAUUGUAAUGGGAGAACCUAUUUCACAAACAUCAUCUAAUUCUUCCCAGUGAUUUUUUUUUUAAAGAAUUCUAGGGUGAUAUUAUAUAUAGCAAAAUUUUAGUAUUCUAAUGUGUAGACUUAUAUAUAGUAUAAAUAUAUUCUAAUCAUUUGUA